AUGGACGCGACCAAAAGGCCUCUGUAUCCCCCGCAGAUGGGGCUCUACGCGGAGAAGCACCGUCUUUUCGAAAUGAUGCAGGAUUUGCUUGGAAAUUUGCUGAUCCACCAACCGGAGAACCCCUUGGACUUCUUGAUAAGGAAGUUAAAAUAUAGCAACUGUGACACUCCAAGGAUCUUUUUACUUGGCCCUCCAGCCUCUGGGAAAACUACUAUCGCGAUGUGGCUCAGUAAACAAUUGAUAAUCCCCCGGAUUUCCCGAGAGCUUUGUAGCGAUGAUUGGUCAGACCUCUCAAGUGAAGUGCGAAAGCGUCUGGAGAGAAAGCAGAAUGUCUCCGAAGAUCUGUGGGCCCAACUGAUUGAAGAACGCCUGAAGCUGGAUGACUGUGUCUGCAGCGGUUGGAUUCUUGAAGGGCUUCCGGACAGCCGAGAGUUUGCCAAGUCCUUGCAAGUGCGGGGUAUCAUUCCUAGACAUGUCGUGGUGCUGUACGCUCCCGACAUCGUGCUGAUCGAGCGGAAUUUGGGAAAGAGAGUGGAUGAAAUUACCGGAGAGGUAUAUCAUACGACUUUUGAUUGGCCCGCCGAUGACAUCAUCCUGCGUUUGAAGGCCCCUGAAGGCAUAUCUGAGAAGGAGACCUCUCAGAGGUUGCUGGAAUAUCACCGGAACGUCCCAGGGAUAGUCCAGUCCUUUGAGAAGUCCAUCAAGCUGAUCAAUGCAGACCAACCCUGCGCAGAUGCCUUCUGGCAAGUUCUGUCGCACGUUAGACAACCGCCUCAUACAAACACUCCUUUCUCACCCCGGAUUCUUCUUUGUGGACCUCCAGGAUCUGGGAAAAGUUUGCAGGCGGCCUUGCUAUCUCAGAAAUACGGGCUCAUCAACGUUUGUUGCGGGCAAAUGCUUAAGGAAGCCGCUACCAGUGAUACCAAACUUGGGAGGUUCAUUAAGCCGUACCUUGAUGGAGGAUGGCCAGGUAAGGGAGAAAGGGUGUUGGCGUUUGAAGAUAACUUGGGAAGAGCUCAGCGCGCCUUCCCUUUUGAUGUGGAAAUAGGACAGUUUGAAUCCGUCGAGUUAAUUUUUCACAAGCUGUAA